AUGGGAUAUCCUACUUGGCUCACUAUUGUAGCUGCAACAGCGGUGCACUGUGUUGUUUCCCCGUUACCAGAGGUUUCUCUAGAGCUCUAUGUUGUUCCCUACCUUCUGGCCAACUUGAUUCUAUAUUAUUAUCUAUGGAAAGAAGGCCUCCCCACCGUUACCAUCAUCUUCAAUUUCACAACCAUCAACGCCUGUUUCCUUUUCACUUCUGCCAUUUUCACUAUCACCAGGCGGCUUUUCUUCUCACCGCUCGCCAAGUUUCCUGGUCCUAAGCUUGCUGCAAUCUCGGGAUUUUGGCAUGCCAACGAAGGACGGCUUGGCCGGACCUCAAGAACAUGCAAAGCCUUACAUGAUCAGUUUCAAAGUGACAUCAUCCGAAUUGGCCCCAACGAGCUCUCUGUGAAUAGAGUUGAUGCUAUUGAGAGGCUCUAUGGAAAAGACUACAAGAGAGGAACCUUCGUUCCGGUUUUCAACAUCUCUGGUGGGGAUAACCUUGUGACACAGAGAGACAAUCAAUUACAUAGCGUCUGGAGGCGCAUGUGGGACAAGGUUACCGAUUAUUUAAACCGAAUGCAAAGCCAUGUUAACAAGGCCGUUCGCCUUUUACAUGAGAAAGCUGGAAAUCCAGUCGAAUGUGGCAAGUUCAUAGACGCCUUGACAUUCGAUGUAAUCUCGGACAUAGCCUUCUCUCAAGAUACCAAAUUUCAAGAUGGCGCUGGUGAUCGUUCACUCAUCGAUGGAAUUCAUAUCUUCGUUCCCAUGAUCCCGAUUUGCCGGUACCUACCCGAGCCACCUGCAGGACGAAAAUUCUCCGAAUAUCGUGAUCAAAUCCUAGCUGGACGCAGAUCUCUCGAAGAACAGCCUAACGACAUCUUCGCCCAUCUGGAAGUUCCUGAUGCAUCGACAGGUAUCAGAAUGAGACCGAUUGACCUCAAGCAAAGCAUUCUCUUUAUGAUGAUAGUUGGGGCACAUUCUGUUGGUAGUACACUGACACGGACUCUUGCUGUUCUCGCUUCCCAGCCCCAUAUCCAGUCGUCCAUCAGGCAAGAGUUGAACGAGGCAUUUCACGGCGAAGGAACUGUCCCAGUGGAAACCAUACGGAAACUCAAGUACUUGGAUUGUGUGGUGAGAGAGGCGCUGCGUAUGUUUGGUCCCGUCACUGACGGUACCCCUGUCAUUGUGCCAAAAGGGGGCAUCACACUGGAGAGUGGUAGCUUCAUCCCAGGGGGGACUCAGGUUUGGAUUGGACAGUACGUCAUAAUGUUCAACGAGGAAUACUUCCCUAGGCCCUAUGACUUCCUACCAGAAAGAUGGAUGAAUAUAGGCGAUGAGGGACAUGGGAAGGAGGGCGAACUGGUCAAGGAUCGUCGAGCAUGGAUUCCUUUCGGCUAUGGAUUCCACUCUUGUGGUGGAAGGGCCCUUGCAAUGGACGAGCUUAAGCAGACUGUGCUGAGAAUUGUCAUGGAGUUUGACAUUCGUUUUGUCGAACAUGAAGACAUGCCAUUUCAGUAUGAGCAAUGGGCAGACAGCUGGAAGGAUUACUUUCUUGCGAUGAUUGACGAGAUAGAGUUGAGGUUCGUUCCGAGGUGA